AUGCUCAGUUUUUUACAGCAGGUGACGGGAGAUUUAGCGAAAACUGCAGCCCAUAAGCCUAUUCAUUUCAUCGUCGUACCGGCAUUGUUGGCCUCAAUUGCCUAUUUGUCCAUCAUAGAUGAUUAUGUUCCUGACUUGUCCUCUAUAACAAACGAAAAUGGGCUUAGUUAUUACCAUGCUGCUGGUUCUGGACUGAAGUUGAAAGAUUGGAUACCUGUUGGUUCAGAGGAGGUAGAGGUGGCCAAGUACGAAAGUGCAAAUCAUGUUACUUUAGUUCCAUUGAGGUUUAGAAGAUUCCACGACUCGAUUCCCAAGGUACCAAACUCCAUUAUUAUUAGUGGGAAUGAACAGAUACUUUUAGUAGAGUCAAAUCAAGUCGACAGCGUCUUGCUGAAUAUUAACAAAAUAGACAACGAUGGUAUUCAGUGGAAAGUGAGGAACGACCACAAAAUCGCUCGAUUUUAUGACAGUUUGAAAUUUUUGGCUUACAAGGUGCAGGAGUCAAUUAGAAAUGCAGACAGGUUUGAUGUUGUAUUGAUCUUUGUGGCUUACUUGGCAAUGUGGUACACUUUGAUAAAAGUGUUUUACGAUAUGAGAAAGAUUGGCUCCAAGUUCUGGUUGGCGUUUUCAACAUUGGUAUCAUCUACAUUUGCAUUCUUAUUUGCAUUAGUGGUUUCCAACAAAGUUCUUCAGACUAAGGUGUCAUUUUUGAGUCUUUCGGAAGGAAUUCCUUUUCUUGUCGCAAUUAUUGGAUUCAAGCACAAGGUUUCCAUUGCCGGGUUGAUUCUGAAAUCGGCGACAGUAUCCCCAGAUGAUGUUCCAGAUAUUGUCUCCCAAGCUGUUUCUUCUCAUACCUUGAGUAUGUUCCGUGAUCAUUUAGUUGUUAUUGGGGCCAUGCUUGCAUGUGCUGCAUACGGGAAUCACCUCACAGGUUUGCGAAACUUUUGCAUCCUUGCCUCGUUAAUAUUGGCAUUUGAUUUGAUCUUGGUUUACACCUUUUUUUCAGCAAUUUUGGGCUUAAAGAUAGAAAUCAAUAGAGCAAGAAGAGCCAAUGAUUUGAAAGACGCAUUGGAAGAAGAUGGUGUUUCGUCUUUGGUUGCAGCAAGGGUUGCAGAACAAUCUUCCUCAAUUGAUUAUCCUAAUGAAACUAAUUUUUUCUCAUCAAAGGACUAUUCCAUUCUUUCGUUCAAAGUUGCCAUGAGUUUGGGGUUCAUUGCAUUCCAUGUGUUUUGGUUAGGAAGUUCGUGGCUAUACAAUACGUCUGACGCUGGUAUCGAUUUCAACACUUUUGGAUCAAUUUUUGGAGCAGCACCAGCUAUAACAGAAUCUAUAUCAAGCGAAAUCCCUAUUGGAAAAUUUGGAACUGUUUUAACAAUUUUGCCAACGAGGUUCUACAUGCCAUCGGGGUUCAUUGCUCAGGUUGAGGAUGCUGUCUACUUGAUUUUGAGCAAGAUCAGUGUCGCCAUACAAGACAGAUUAUUGUCCAAGGUGUUGGCUUUUUGUUUUGGAAUAUCAUUGGUUACCAACAUAUAUUUCCUCAACGCUGCAAGAUAUCAAGUUAGUGCCACUUACAAGUUGCUUGAUAAAGAGAUAUCACGUCCACAGAUUCGUAAAUCGAUAUCUGAGCCGGUUGCAGCUACAGUUGCUGAUGUCGAAGAUUCAGAGGAGGAACAAGAGCCUAAACCUUCUACUUCUCAGUUGCCACUCGAAGAGUGUAUCAAGAUUCUAAAGGAGGGUAAUGUGAAAAGUUUGAACGACGAUGAAGUCACUUCAUUGGUUGCCGGAGGAAAGCUUCCCCUUUAUGCAUUGGAAAAGCAAUUGGCAAGCAACAAGAGGGCGGUUGUUGUUCGUCGUAAAGCAAUUGCCAAGUUGGCAAAAGCACCUGUAUUGGAAACCAAUCGCUUACCAUAUGCGCACUACGACUAUGAUAGAGUAUUUGGUGCAUGCUGUGAAAAUGUCAUUGGUUACAUGCCGAUCCCCGUUGGUGUAGCGGGUCCAUUAAUCAUUGAUGGCAAACCAUACCAUAUCCCAAUGGCAACAACUGAAGGGUGUUUAGUCGCAUCUACUAUGCGUGGUUGUAAAGCUAUUAAUUCUGGUGGUGGUGUAGAGACCGUGUUGACCAAAGACGGAAUGACUAGAGGCCCAUGUGUGAGGUUCCCGACGCUUACUAGAGCAGGUGCUGCUAAGUUAUGGAUUGAUUCCGAAGAGGGUCAAAAGACAAUAAAAAAAGCAUUCAACUCCACUUCGAGGUUUGCCCGUUUGCAACAUAUUCAAACAUCCUUGGCCGGUUGUCUUUUGUUUAUUCGUUUUAGAACCACGACAGGAGAUGCCAUGGGUAUGAAUAUGAUAUCCAAAGGUGUUGAACACUCUUUGAAGUACAUGGUAGAGGAAUGUGGCUAUGAAGAUAUGGAAAUUAUAUCAGUUUCCGGAAACUAUUGUUCGGAUAAGAAGCCUGCAGCGAUUAACUGGCUAGAAGGUAGAGGUAAGUCAAUUGUAGCCGCUGCCACAAUCCCAGCUGAUGUUGUUGCAAAGGUUUUGAAAUCAGAUGUCGAUGCUUUGGUUGAGUUAAAUGUGAGUAAGAACUUGGUGGGCUCGGCUAUGGCUGGGUCUGUUGGCGGUUUUAACGCGCAUGCAUCAAACUUGGUCACUGCUGUUUUCUUGGCAUGUGGUCAGGAUCCAGCUCAAAAUGUUGAAAGUUCCAACUGUAUUACUUUAAUGAACAAGGAUAAAAUUACUGGCGAUUUGCAAAUAUCGGUAAGUAUGCCUUCGAUCGAGGUAGGUACCAUUGGUGGGGGUACUAUAUUGGAACCACAAGGUGCAAUGUUGGACUUAUUGGGUGUACGCGGCCCACAUCCAACCAACCCUGGUGACAAUGCUAGGCAGUUGGCAAAGAUUGUUGCGUCGGCGGUCUUGGCAGCAGAACUUUCUCUCUGUUCGGCACUAGCAGCCGGCCACUUGGUCCAAUCACACAUGCAGCAUAACAGAGCUGGCGCAUCGGUUGCACCUGCUAAAGAUGCUAAAACAAAUGGUAAAGUCAAUGAAUCGGAUUUGAAGAGAUUAAAGGAAGGUUCUGUUACUUGUAUCAAGUCGUGA